AUGGAUGAACCAUUGAGGUUGCUAAAAGUCAUUGUAGUGCAAGGGAAAAGAUUAGUGAUCCGGGAUUUCAAGAGCAGUGACCCUUAUGUUGUUGUCAAGCUGGGGAAUCAGACAGCAAAGACCAGGGUCAUCCAUUGUUCCUUGAAUCCAGUUUGGAAUGAAGAGCUGAAUUUCACUCUGACAGAACCUUUGGGACUUCUGAAUUUGGAAGUGUUUGACAAAGAUUUUUUGAAGGCUGAUGACAAGAUGGGGAAUAGUUACUUGAACCUUCAACCAUUGAUGUCUGCAUCUAGAUUAAGAGAUAUUUUAAAGGUGUCCUCUGCCUCUGGUGAGACAGCAUUAAGGAAAGUGACACCAGAUAGUGAAAAUUGUCUUGCCCGUGAAAGCAGUAUCAAUUGUGUUAAUGGUGAAGUUGUUCAAAAUGUUUGGUUGAGGCUUCGUGGGGUUGAAUCUGGGGAGCUACAAUUGACAGUCAAAUCAGUAGUUGGCGAUGACGAUGAAGAAUGGGAAGUGGGUCCCUCCGUUAGGGCCUAA